GGAGUUUCCAAGACACCACCACUGUGUCAAAUAUAACAUGAAUUUUUGCUACUACUAACACAAGAUAAACCUGCUAUUAUAGGAUGGACAAUACAUCAGAUGAAGAUACUUAUGAAAUUCCAUUGCAAGACCAAAGAGCUUUCGGAGCUGGUAUCAAGAGGAAACGCAUCAAAUUCGUUCCAUCAACUUCGUCAUCCACAAUAGAACCUACGCCAUCUACAAGCUCCGCAAAGAGUAUCAGCGAUUUCUAUCUCAAACUGGUCCUUCCUCAAGACACCUCGACACCUGAGAGCACUUCAAGGGAGAACUCUCUACCUCUGAGGGAUUCGGAGGUAUGUGAAGUCUGUAAGCUACCGCUAUCCACAGAUCUCGAGUCGAUCAUCAACAACGAUGAGGCCGGUUCAUCAGGUCCAUCAAAUCCCACAUCUUCUGCCAAACCGCGACUUCACGAAGCUUCUUUAGCACACCAAGUAUGUCUGAACCAUUCACAUCCCCCGUCACAUGUCGAUCGAAAUAGAAAGGGCCUUACAUAUCUCUCAUCAUAUGGUUGGGAUCCAGAUUCUCGCCUUGGACUUGGUGCAUCUGGUCAAGGUAUUCAGUUCCCAAUUAAAACCAAACCAAAAGAUGAUAAACUGGGCAUCGGUGUAGUGAUGCCAAAGAAGGGAGAGAUCAGGAAGAAAGAGAAGCCGCAGAAGCUUGAUGCUGGAAAGGUCAGGAACUUGCACGAAAAGGACAGGAGAAAGGGGGAGAAGUUGAGGGAAAUGUUUUAUAGGAAUGAUGACGUGGAGCGAUACCUGAGAGGUGGUUAACUGACAUGUGCCUCGAGUAUAAGUGAAGCUUUGCUCGAUUUUGGCACCGCCAAGUGGAAUGACAUAGAGCAAUCAUGUUCAUUCGAUGCGCCUCCUAAACUACGGAUCAGGAAUGAAAAGCUCCAGACUACAGAGUAGAAAAAGCAUCAAAAACUAAAGUUUUCUCUGUAUCAGACUCCCCGAGUUAUUCGAAUUUUAGGUUUGUGA